AGCAUGUGGUUUUGCACUGCUGAGGCGCAGGACUUUAAAUCUGACGAGAUUAAAUCACGGCCAGAUCUGGAGUUUCACGAUUCAUAACGACGUGUGGUGGAUUUUCACACCCAUUUGGCCCGUUUUAUUCUGGAUCUGGGCACUAUCAACGAUGUCUACCAUCCUGCUCUCCACCAUCGCCGGGGAAAGACUGGCCUCUUCAAGGGAAACUGCCCCUCAGGAGAACACAGAGACUCUCCCUCAACUGAAACACACGGGAACAUGCAGAAAUCUGUUCGGACCUGUGGAUCACGACGAGCUGAAGCGAGAGCUGACAUCCAAACUUCGCGAAAUAUCUCGACGAGAUCAGCUGAGAUGGAACUUCAAUUUCAGUGAAGGACAGCCGCUGAACGGGGGGUUAAAGUGGGAGGAAAGUCCAGCUGAGGACUGUCCGGAAUUUUACAGAGAAAAGACUGUCGUGCCAAAGAGACCAUUUGUGGACUUCCCCACGACAGAAAGAAUCGCCAAUGCCUCAAAAUGUGAGAGUCGUUCAAUGAACGUUUUGAAAAAGACAUCCAUGUGUAACCGAAGAAAAUUAUCUCGCAAAACAGUCGCUCGCGUCCAGACGAAGAGACUCACAGACCUGCGCAUUACAGACUUUUAUGGAAAGCGAAAGAAAAUGGACAGCGUCCACAAGGAAAGCAGAGACAUGGAGUGAAACCGCAUCCUCUGAAGGAAAAAAGCGCAGCAGUCCGUGGUGGCGGGAAAAGACCGGAAGUAAUGACGUCUCAGAGUCUGACCCACGUUAUUACGUGAUAAUGUGAUUCUGGAAUCUUAUUUUUGUACUGAUUUAUGUUCGUUUAAUAAUAGGAGCAGUGCUGGUUGCUCUUUACUGUGCACAACUGAUAAGUAACUUUAAAUUAAAGUCAGGACAAGUAAGCCUAUUUAUUGUUGACUAAUAUAUAUCAGUGUAUAUAUAUAUUUUGUAACGCUUAAGUUAUUUAUUUAUUUUAUUCACUUUUACAUUUCAAGUAGGCUAUACUUUUGUGGUUGAAAAAUGUAUCUUUUCUUGAUGCUGAGCCAUAUUUGUCACUAUUGUAAAGAUGUUGCUUUAAUAAAUGUGUAAAU